GCAUCAGUGCCGGGAAAGAAGGAGGGAAGAGCAGAAGGCAAAAAAGAGGUGCAGAGAGAGGAAAAAGAAAGAAAGAAAGAAAGAAAGAAAGAAAGAAAGAAAGAAAGAAAGAAAGAAAGAAAGAAAGAAAGAAAGAAGGAAGAGCAGCAGUAGGGGGAGAGCGAGAGGACACCGUGGAAAAGGAAAAGGCUGGAGAGAGAAAAUAAGACGUGAUGCCAUGCGGCCACUGAGACGCGGAGACGGGGCUUCGUCUUAAAGCCGAGCGCGCGAGGAGAAACCGGGCAUCAUCAUCAUCAUCAUCAUCAUCAUCAUUACCAAGAGCAGCAGCAGAAGCAGCAGCAUCAUCACCCGAAUAUGUCCUUAAGGUCUGUGUGAGAAGAAACAUUCGGAUUACUUUUACGCACUUCUCCGAACGCUAAACUACUGAACAUCCAAAAAUCCAGAGAGAGAGAGAGAGAGAGAGAGAGAGAGAGAGAGAGAGAGAGAGAGAGAGAGAGAGAGAGAGAGAGAGAGAGAGAGGACGGACGGACUGGAACUUCAGACCGGAUCGGAUCAGAUUGGAUUUUUUCUGGAGAUUUACCUCUUUAAGAUGCACUUUUUUGGAAUAUCAGUGUGGUUUGCGUUUUCGGCGCUGCUCUGCGCGAACCUCGCGUUUCAGUCCAGCCAGGAGUACUAUGAUUAUGAGCAGGAGGAAGGAGAUGAUGGCAUGGAGCUGUCAGAGCCGGAUCUGGAGGAACAGUUGCGUUCUGCCGGCAGCGUGGACGAGCUGAUGAGGCUCCUCUACCCCAGUUACUGGAACAUCGUAAAAUGCCACUCCAAGCGUACCAUCAGCCCUCGCUUCUCUCACAGAGACCCAGACUCUCACUCGGAGGAGCUCAACUUCGCCGCCGCCUACUUCAACCUCGAUAUAUUUAAAAGUAUUGAGGCAGAGUGGAGAAAGACCCUGUGUGUGCCACGCGAGGUGUGUUUAGAUGUGGGGAAAGAGUUUGGGGCGGCGACAAACACCUUCUAUAAACCCCCCUGCGUGUCUGUCUACAGAUGUGGAGGCUGCUGCAACAGCGAGGAGCUGCAGUGUAUGAACAUCAGCACCUCGUUCAUCAGCAAAACCCUGUUUGAGAUCACAGUCCCCGUGAAGCAGCCGCCCAAACCGGUCACCAUCAGCUUCGCCAAUCACACCUCAUGCAGCUGUUUGUCCAAGCUGGACGUGUACAGACAGAAACACUCCAUCAUCCGGCGAGCGCUGCCAGAAUGUCAUGUGGCGAAUAAAACAUGCCCGAAGAACCAGAGCUGGAGCAAUGGCUUAUGCAGAUGUGUGUCUCUGCACGACUCACUGUUUCCCCAGCAGCACUCGGACCCGUUUGAGCAGGACCUCUGUGGCCCCAACAAAGAGCUGGACGAGGAAACGUGUCGGUGUGUUUGUCGAAAGGACUUGAGGACGGCGGGCUGUGGGCCUAAACGUCACUUGGACAAGAACACAUGUCAGUGUGUGUGUAAAACUCAACCCAAGUCCUGCAGCCCUCACCACUCCUUCAACAAGGACACAUGCCAGUGCAGCUGCAACAAAGUGUGUCCCAGCACACACCCGCUCAACCGCACCAAGUGUGCAUGCGAGUGUACCGAGUCUCACAACAAGUGCUUCCUCCGGGGGAGGAGGUUUCAGCCGGCCACCUGCAGCUGCUACAGACUGCCGUGUCCCGGAGACUCGAGGAAGCGCGAAUGCGAGGAGGGUUUUUAUUUCAGUGAGGAAGUGUGUCACUGCAUCCCCAAUUACUGGCGGAGACUGGAUUAGCCGACACAAAGCUAGCAGCUAACGGAGCUAAAAGAAGUGCAGAGAUGCUAACACAAGCAGCCUUCUUAUUGGACUCCCUUCGCUAGCAAUGGACUAGCAAAUCAGCGAAUGGGGAAAAAACAAAAUAUAAGACAUUCGAUUGUAGCCCCAAAUAUCAGACACACGGGAACAAGAUAACUUUGAACUUUAUAAAAGGGUGGAGCUGUUUUAUUUUCAACAUCUUUGAUUUUUUUUUUUACUCAUUAUUUGUCAAAUAUUGAUUAUAUAAUUUAUUGCCACUAAUUUUUUUUUUUGUGCAUAGCAAUUUUGAAUCUUCACAAAGGAAAUACACUGUGAUCAAUAUUUUUGUAUCAUGUGAAGUCCAGUAAAAAUAAAUCAAAUAUAAAGUUGUAUUAUAUAUUGUUAACUUAUUUCUAAACUAGAAUAUUAUACAGAAAUAGUACAGAUAAUGCAGAAGUAUUUAAUGUAUUUAGUUAUGAUCUAGCACUAGAACUUCUUUAUACUGUCUGAGUUUUUUCUCCAGCAAGAACUCCACUGCAAAAAUAAAGAUAUUUCUUACCAGAAUGUAUCGUGGAAAAUGAUCCAGAAAUCCCAGUCGAAGCGUCGUCCGGUAAAAUCCUGCACCGUGUCACAAAUAAACAUUUUAUAUAAAUUGUA